AUGAUAAUUUACAAGGAUUUUCUUACUGGUGAUGAAUUGUUCAGUGAUGCCUUUCCAAUCAAAAAAAUCAACGAUCAUAUCUGGGAGGUCGAGGGCAAAACGAUCAAGGUGAAGGAAGGCGUUGAUGAUGCUCUUAUCGGUGCCAAUCCCUCCACAGAAGAAGGAGGGGAAGCAGUGGAGGAUGGCGUCAUUACUGUGAUCAAUGUAGUCUACUCACAUCAGUUAGAGGAGUUGCCUUUUAGCAACAAAAAAGAUUAUACUACUUACCUGAAAGAUUAUCUUAAACUAGUCACAAAGCGUGUUGCUGAGAAGAAUCCAGAAAAAGAAAAGGAAUUCCAGGGAACUGUACAGAGUUAUUGGAAAGAUACUAUCCUCAAGAAAUUCGAAGAAUGGCAAUUCUUCCGACCACCCAAUUACGAGGCUGAACAUCAGUACCUGAUUCCAUGCAACUAUCGUGACGAUGGUGUAACCCCGUACUUUGUCUUCAUCCGUGAUGGUCUUGAGGAGGAGAAAUGCUAG